CCUGAUAUCCUGUCCUGUGGGACAGCUUUGUGGUUUAGAUUAACAGUUUCCCAUUGUUGCCAGUUGCAGUUGUCUCCUCCCUCAAUAUCCUUCCCUCCCGUUCCUGUAUCAUUUGCUCCACAAUUGCCCUUGUGACUGCCUGAGGUCUUGCUGGUGGUGGAGUGUGCUGUUGGCUCUCCGGCACAGCUGGCUAUUCUGGUUCCAGAAGAAAAGAGAAGAGACGUUCCGAAGGUCUGACUGAGGCAAUAGAAGAAUUUGGGGGCAUACAAAAAAGAGGCAGGAAAGACCAUCAACAGCAGUAACAGCAGCAGCAGCAACAACAGUAACCCUGGAUAAUCCAAGCAAGCUUCUUGGCUUUGUGGGAUCUCUGUCAGCUAUUCAGAACUUGAGCUUUUGCUACAGAGGAUGAUGGGACAAGGUAAUAGAGGGCGAGGAGGGUUAUGCUGGAUUCUUACUUAUCUGUCAACCUCUCCUAGUUGGAAAAAUCUUCAUUUCACAGGAAGCAUUAUAAACAAGACUGAAGAACAUGUUUUACCUUGAUCGUGGAUGCUAUUGGAGUUGAGGAUUACAACCAUUUCACCAGGACUUUUGGAGACAGUUUUUCAAAAAACAGAAGGAAGCUAUACUUGAGCCCUUCUCUGUGCUAGUCUUAUGCCAUGCCACCUUUUCAACUCUGGAGAAAGUGAGGGACAGUGCUGGAUCUAAGAGGGUGUCUGACUCCCCUGUGCUAAUUGUAUGAUGUUUGGAAGGUUGUAAACUCAAAAUCUUUCAAGAUAAACUCACUAAGUUCUGGAUUCUCUUUCGUUUGAGGACUUUAGCAGAUGAAUAGUCCCAGCCAAAAAGAUACAAAGCCUUCUCUGUGUUUUCAGGCUAAAUGUGAACAAUAAUGUCUUGGAAAAGAAAUUAUUUUUCAGGGGGCCGUGGUACUGUUCAAGGGAUGUUUGCUCCUCGAAGCUCAACCUCCAUAGCCCCAAGCAAAGGCCUCAGCAAUGAGCCAGGGCAAAACAGCUGCUUCCUCAACAGUGCACUACAGGUUUUGUGGCACUUGGACAUCUUCCGCCGUAGCUUUAGGCAGCUCACAACUCACAAGUGCAUGGGAGAUUCUUGCAUCUUUUGUGCUCUCAAGGGAAUCUUUAACCAGUUUCAGUGCAGUAGUGAAAAAGUCCUUCCAUCUGACACUCUCCGCAGUGCUCUGGCAAAGACUUUUCAGGAUGAACAGCGUUUCCAGCUGGGAAUUAUGGAUGAUGCUGCAGAGUGCUUUGAAAAUCUGCUCAUGAGAAUUCACUUUCACAUUGCUGAUGAAACCAAAGAAGAUAUAUGUACUGCCCAACACUGCAUUUCCCACCAGAAGUUUGCUAUGACGUUAUUUGAACAGUGUGUGUGUACUAGCUGUGGCGCUACUUCUGAUCCACUGCCUUUCAUCCAGAUGGUACAUUACAUCUCCACCACUUCCCUUUGCAAUCAGGCUAUUUGUAUGCUGGAAAGGAGAGAAAAACCUUCCCCAAGCAUGUUUGGCGAGCUGCUGCAGAAUGCCAGUACCAUGGGGGAUCUGCGGAACUGCCCGAGCAACUGUGGAGAGAGGAUCCGGAUUCGCCGUGUGUUGAUGAAUGCUCCGCAGAUUAUCACAAUUGGCCUGGUAUGGGACUCUGACCAUUCAGACUUGGCAGAAGAUGUCAUCCACAGUCUCGGUACCUGCCUUAAGCUGGGUGAUCUGUUUUUUAGAGUGACAGAUGACCGGGCCAAACAGUCUGAACUGUAUUUAGUAGGAAUGAUCUGUUACUAUGGCAAACAUUAUUCUACAUUCUUUUUUCAAACAAAGGUCCGCAAAUGGAUGUAUUUUGAUGAUGCACAUGUUAAGGAGAUUGGGCCCAAAUGGAAGGAUGUCGUGACCAAAUGCAUCAAAGGGCAUUACCAGCCCUUGCUGCUGCUUUAUGCAGAUCCCCAGGGUACCCCAGUGUCUACCCAGGACCUGCCUCCCCAAGCUCAGUUCCAGCCGUACAGCAGGACAUGCUAUGACAGUGAAGAUUCAGGACACCUGACUGAUAGUGAAUGUAAUCAGAAACACACAUCCAAAAAAGGAGCCUUAAUAGAGCGCAAGAGGAGUUCUGGCCGAGUUAAGAGGAAAGGUGAUGAGCCGCAGGCCUCUGGAUACCACAGUGAAGGAGAAACACUGAAAGAGAAGCAGGCUCCUAGGAAUACGUCCAAACCAUCCAGCAGCACCAACAGGCUAAAGGAUUUUAAAGAGACAGUCAGCAAUAUGAUCCAUAACAGACCAUCCUUGGCUUCUCAGACAAAUGUAGGAUCUUCCUGUGGGGGGAAGGGAGGAGACCAGCCUGACAAAAAGCCUCCUAAGAGCCUGCCUUUCAACUCUCGUGACUGGGAAAUAGAGAGUACCAGCAGCGAGUCAAAGUCCAGUUCUUCCAGCAAGUAUCGUCCAACCUGGAGACCCAAACGAGAAUCUCUGAAUAUUGAUAGUAUUUUUAGUAGGGACAAAAGGAAGCACUGUGGCUAUACCCAGCUUAGCCCCUUUUCGGAGGAUUCAGCUAAAGAAUUUACAUCAGAUGAACUAAGCAAGCCACCUACUUAUGACUUUAAAGCUGGUGGACCAAGCCCCAAAUACAAGCCCUGGGGUCCAGCACGGCCAGGCCCUCAACUUUUAGAACAGCACCCUCGCCUAAUCCAGCGAAUGGAAUCUGGCUAUGAGAGCAGUGAGAGGAACAGCAGCAGUCCUGUCAGCCUGGAUGUAGCCCUUUCUGAGAGCUCAAAUACCUGCAGGGAUCCAAGUGCUAAGAGAUCAACAGGAUUUGUCCCUUCUUGGCGUCAUAUUCCAAAGUCUCACAGCAGUAGCAUCCUGGAAGUGGACUCCACAGCAUCCAUGAGUAGCUGGACAAAGACUCAACCCCUCUUGGGUGGGGAGGUAACUUCUAAAAGUGAACUGGAUGAAUUGCAGGAAGAGGUAGCCAGGAGGGCCCAGGAACAGGAACUUCGAAGAAAACGGGAGAAAGAAUUAGAAGCUGCUAAAGGGUUUAACCCGCAUCCCAGCCGCUUCAUGGACUUGGAUGAACUGCAAAAUCAGGGGAGGAGUGACGGCUUUGAGAGGUCCCUCCAAGAGGCAAAUUCAGUGUUUGAAGAGUCCCUGCAUCUGGAACAAAAGGGAGACUGUGCUGCAGCUUUGGCUCUCUGUAACGAAGCUAUCUCUAAACUAAGACUUGCCCUGCAUGGUGCCAGCUCUAGCACGCACAGCAGAGCCCUAGUCGAUAAGAAGUUGCAAAUCAGUAUUCGAAAAGCACGGAGCCUGCAGGAUCGCAUGCAGCAGCAGCAAUCAUCGCAGCAGCCGUCGCAGCCCUCAGCCUGCCUCCCAUCACAAGGGGGGCCCCUCCCUCAGCCAACAAGUGAACAGCCUAUCCCGCUCCAAGUACUAUUAAGCCAGGACACCCAGCUGGAGCCCUGCGUGGAUACAGAGUUUGGGGCCAGUUCUUCUUACUUCCACUCACCUGCUCCCUGCCAUGAGUCACACUCAUCACUGUUUCCAGAGUCACCUGCCCCAUCUGCCCCACAGCACAAUUCCCCCAGUAGAUCUUUCUCGAAGUUUCUGACUUCAGUUGAGGUGGACAGCAUUGACUCCUCUGAAUUUCACAGGCAGAGUUUACCUAAAACACCAGGGAAGACUGAGAAUUCUCAGUAUGAUUGUCUGCCAUUCGAUGCCCUAGAGGGUAAGCUCCAAGGCCACAGGGAUGACAACAGCUGCAGCAGGUUCCCUCCACAAGAAGGGAGGGGCAUUGCUCCAGAACAGUUCCAAGGAAAAAGGGAUCCUGCUGACGCAUCCCUUAUGAUGGCUUGGUCACAUCCAACAGGAAGAGCUGUUUCUGAGAGAGGAGAUCCACACUGUCUUGGCUCUAGUUCUUCAAGUUCAUCAGCUCAGCCCAGCUUUCCCCCGUAUAGGGUUUGCCACCCCAUAAUGCCUGCUGCUUCUUCAUCUGUGCUUCACUCUCCUGAUCUUGCGGAGAAAACUAACCAAUGCCUCCAAGCCCAAAGCCUUCAAAAUUCAUUGACUUCAAAAGUGGACAGAGGCAGUGAGGAACUCUACAGGCCAGAAUUUCCCAGCACAAAAGGACUUGUUUACUCCCUGGCAGAACAGUUACAGAGGAUGCAGAGUGUCUCCAUGAGGGAUGCUACUAGUUCCCAGGAUAGGAGCUUGCCAAACAGUAUAGGGAAGAACUGUUCCCCUUCUGACUCUAAGCCUUCUUUCCCACAGGGUCAAGGAAAAGGCCACUGUCCUUGGGCAAAACAGCAACCAUGCCUGGAUGGCAGGGACAGGCUGUCUUCCUGGCAAGAGCCCGCUGACCAUGCUCCUCUUGCCAUGGACUCUGGGUUGCCGAAUGGUUUAACUUCCAGGGGAGGAGAGUCCAGGUUGGCAGAACCAGGUGUAUAUCAAGGAAAGCGGUCUCAGUUAAGAGAUGCUAGGCCUAAGGAGCUAGGUGGCAGUAUCAACUUGGGGACUUCCUUGCCUUUGGAUUCCUGGGUGAAUGUCACGAGGCUCUGUGAUUCUCAACUUAAACAUGGGGUGUCUGGGCCAGGAGUGAAGUCCUCUCCCCAUGAUUCCCACACCUGCGUCACCUAUCCAGAGAGAAAUCAUAUCCUUUUGCAUCCAUAUUGGAACCAAGAUACAGAGCAGGAGACCUCCGAAUUAGAGUCCCUCUACCAGGCCAGUCUUCAGGCUUCUCAAGCUGUCUGUCCUGGAUGGGGGCAGAGAGAUGUGGCGUGGCAUCCACUUAGCCAGACAGGCUUGGCAGAUUGCACAGGGAGGAGACUGCACUCAGCCCCUAGUCUUGAUCUCUCAAAGACCCCAACAACAGAAAUGGAGCACAUUCUCCAUGAAGUCAGCACAGUGCCUGUGUCACAGGAUGGAUCAAACCUAAGGACAAAGCGCUUGCCAACCGGGAACCGUUGUUCCAGUUCCUGUUCCCUCCCUGUCAUCCAUGAUCCUCCUGUGUUUCUCCUUGAUUCCCAACUCUGCUUUCCCCAACCACAGUUCCUGUCCCCAGAUGUCCUGAUGCCCAGCAUGGCAGGGGAGCCUUAUAGAUCCCAAGGAACUUCGAGGAAUGUCCAGCAGUUUCUGGCUAUGUGUGACAGGAGUGAAACUUCCCAAGGCGUCAAGUACACAGGAAGGUCUUUGACCUAUCGGAGUCUCCCCCAUCGUUCCAGAACUGAUGCUUCCUUGGGACCUUGGUCAGAGACCAACCAGCACAUUAGGGCCAGACUCCUAAGUAUCCCAGGGUGCAAGCCUCAGCUAACCCACACUGCCACACUACCAGAGAGAAGCCAGGGCUUCCAGGUUCCUCAUGCUCGGUCCUGGGGAGAUCUUUUCCAUUCACCCUCCCGCCCUUCUACUGUUCACCCUGUGUCCCCACCAUCCAGCAGUCUUCAUUUACCCCUGAGGUCAGCUUGCAAUUCGGCCUCUGUUCCAGUGUCACGAACACCUGGUCCUCGAAGAGUAGAUAUUCCCCCAGAUGACGACUGGAGGCAAAGCAGUUACGCACCCCAAUCUGGACUCAGAAGGACAGGAGAGAGGUUUCUGUUUGUUCUAGCAGAUGCCCCUGGAAAAGAGCAGAACAAGGCCAGAGUCCUGCAGCACAGCAGGUGGUAGGGCUCACCCCUUUGCUGUGCUAUUCUUUUUCUAUAAAACUACUGUGGCAAAGUUGGUACCCUGCAUCCCUGUCAUGGUUGUGAGAACUGGCAGUUUCUCCUAGGAGUUCCAGGAAUGUUGAAAGAGACCUGGCUCUUUGGGAGGAAAUAUUUUAAAUUGCAACUUAGAUUCCCCUAGCAAAAGGAAGCAGCUGCUAUUUAGGGCUUAUGUGAGCCACUUUAAAGUUGAAUCUAUCGUAUUCCUCUGGACACUAGCCAUUCCUUAGUGUCAUAAUGUCAUCAUUUUAUUCUCAGAUACUGUUCUGCCCCCACCUCCACCUGAACCUCAUCGUCUGGUUCCUACUACAUUCGCAAAUUCUACUGUUUUGUCACCUGUUCCUAUUACUUGACUCUCUAUCUUCCCCAUCUCCCAUCCUUGGAGGGUCCUGACCAUGUCAUUCAGGGAAGCUCACCUGCUGGGGUAUUAUGUAUGGCCUGUCAAUCCUUCCCAUGCCCCAAACCUGGCGUGCGGAGGUGCCAACAUAGUAUUCACCAUUCUGAAGAGAUGGAGUCAGGAACACUAACAAACCCUUUUUCCUCAGCAGCAGAGCCAUUACUGCCACUUGCUCAGUCGCCAUUGUAAACCCUCAGUCAGCUGAUCUAUUUUAGGGCCAAACAUACUGUUUUUUGUAAAGUAUUUUCAUUAAUAAAUCUAUAAGAUAGUUCUAUUUAAUGAAA